UCCAAUCCGCUACUGGGAUCCAGUUGCCUGGUGAGAGCGGUACCAGGUGUCAUCAUAAGAGCCUCGGUCGACCGCGGGAAGCACGCCAUGAGGCGGUGCGCCGAGAGGCUCUGUGGCUCAGUGGACGCUUCGCAGGUGCUGAGACGGGGCAUCUCCACACAUCUGGGCCAUGCUCGUUUCUGCGCCUCGUUUUUCUACGGAUAAUCGGUUUUUAUCUGGAAUGCGACAGUUGCUGAGCUUAUUGUUGUUGUUCUUCUGUGGUUUUAUUUCACUGUAACUCCGUCUCACACCCAUUUCUGCGUCAGCCUGCGUGCAAAGUGUGAAGAACCGAUACUCAUCGUUAAUGUGAAGGGUGUUUUUCCACUCGGCCAUGCAUAAUCCGCUGUUUAAGGUCCACUCAAACUUUAAACCAGCUGUGAGGAGCACCCUGAGGUUUCCAGGAGCACAGGAAUUGAAGUUCAUUGAAUCUUACCUCCCAAGGCAGUCACAGCUGGUCCGCUAAAAGCAAAUUAUCUGGCUCAAGGGAUUUGAAUGAUUUCCUGUCUCCGGUUGACUCACACCGAUUCUUCUGACUCCCUGUUGGUCGUGGAACUGAUCCGGUCUCCAGUCCACUCAGGUAGACAGGAAAGACUGCAGGAGAGCAGUGCCAUGCUGGGUAGGCUGUGCCUUGGCCUGAUCCUUGCGUGGGCAGGACUGCCCUCGGGGUGUAGAGGCGAGUGUCCCCAGUUGUGUGUGUGUGAGACCCGGCCUUGGUUCACUCCUCAAUCCACCUACAGGGAGGCCACCACAGUGGACUGCAAUGACCUGCGCCUUACCCACAUUCCUGCCAACCUGUCAGGUGACACCCAGGUUCUCCUGUUGCAGAGCAACUAUAUCGGCAAGACUGGACAGGAGCUGGAGCACCUGUUCAACCUCACCGAGCUGGACCUCUCCCAGAACAACUUCAGCAGCAUUGCAGAUGUGGGCCUUUCUAACAUGUCCCAACUCACCACUCUGCACCUAGAGGAAAAUCAAAUCACCCAGAUGACUGACCACUGCCUGCAGGAUCUGGUCAACCUACAGGAGCUUUAUAUCAAUCACAACCAGAUCAGCAUCAUUUCUCCCAACGCCUUCUUGGGCUUGCACAACCUGCUCCGACUCCACCUAAACUCCAAUAGGCUGAAGGUCAUUGACAGUCGGUGGUUUGAGUUCACACCGAACCUGGAAAUCCUCAUGAUUGGGGAAAAUCCUGUGCUUGGCAUUAUAGACUUAAACUUCAAACCUUUGACUAACCUUAGAAGCCUGGUGCUAGCUGGCAUGGACCUUACAGAUAUUCCUGGAAAUGCAUUUGUGGGACUAGACAACCUGGAAAGUUUAUCUUUUUAUGACAACAAGCUAAUCCGGGUACCACAGCUUGCAUUUCAGAAGGUUCCCAGUUUAAAAUUCUUGGAUUUGAACAAAAACCCAGUGCACAGGAUUCAGGAAGGAGAUUUCAGGAACAUGCUAAGACUAAAAGAGCUUGGUAUGAAUAACAUGGCUGAGUUGGUUUCCAUUGAUCGUUAUGCACUGGACAACCUUCCAGAAUUAACUAAACUGGAGGCGACCAAUAAUCCUAAGCUAUCAUAUGUGCACCGCCUAGCCUUCAGGGAUGUGCAGUCACUAGAGAGCCUCAUGCUGAACAACAAUGCACUGAAUGGUAUCUACCAGGCAACUGUAGAGUCUCUGCCUAACUUGCGGGAGAUCAGCAUUCACAGCAACCCGCUACGUUGUGACUGUGUCAUUCAGUGGAUGAACUCCAACCGGACCAUGAUCCGCUUCAUGGAGCCACACGCUAUGCUCUGUGCAAUGCCUCCAGAGGUUAGGGGUCAGCAUGUGCGGGAGGUGCUACCACAGGAUGCUUCUGACCAGUGCCUCCCCAUGAUCGCUCAUGAAAGCUUCUCCAACCACCUCAACGUGGACAUUGGCAUGACCGUUAACCUGGACUGUCGUGCAAUGGCUGAACCUGAGCCAAAGAUCUAUUGGGUGACCCCCCUGGGGAACAAGAUCGCAGAUGAUAUCCUGUCAAAGAAGUUCCAGCUUAGCAGAGAGGGCACGUUGCGCAUUACCCAUGUGCAAGUUGAGGACUCAGGAAGGUAUACUUGUGUGGCUCAAAAUUCAGAGGGGGUGGACACUCAAGUGUCUGCCCUCCGGGUCAAUGGGACUCUCUUAGAUGGCACGCAGCUCAUGAAAAUUUACGUGAAGCAGACUGAGUCACACUCCAUUCUGGUAUCCUGGAAGAUAGACUCAAAUAUUAUGACCUCCAACCUGAAGUGGUCAUCUGCUACCAUGAAGAUUGAUAAUCCACACAUCACCUACACUGCCAGGGUGCCUGUAGACGUCCAUGAGUACAACCUCACGCAUCUACAGCCUGCUACAGAGUACGAGGUGUGCCUCACUGUGUCCAGCAUUCACCAGCAGAUGCAGAAGUCCUGUGUGAAUGUCACCACCAAGAGAGCCAGCUUCACCGUGGAGGUUUCGGAGCAGGGCACCAACACUGCCCUGGCCGCCAUCAUGGGCGCUAUGUUCGCUCUCAUCAGCCUGGCAUCCAUUGCAGUUUACGUUGCCAAACGACUGAAGAGGAAGAACUACCAUCACUCCUUAAAGAAAUACAUGCAGAAGACCUCCUCCAUCCCCCUGAAUGAGCUCUACCCACCCCUGAUUAACCUCUGGGAUGCGGACAGCGAGAAGGACAAAGAGGCCUUUUCGGACACCAAGCCCACACAGGUUGACACAACAAGAAGCUAUUAUAUGUGGUAAAAUCCAGGGAUCUUUGCUUCUUGGAGCACAAAGUCAUAUUUUUUGCUUUUAUUGUGCAAAGGUUUUUAAAAAAAUGAACAUUUCUGUUUUUGUUUUCCUUUUUGGAACUUCAGAUUUUCGAGUGAUGAAAGCUUCUUAACGUAGGAUAUCUGCUUUUCCUUUCUUAUCCUUUUUUGACACUGAAAACGGCAGCUCUGUUCAGCUAUCCUAAUGUUUCAGUUGCUGAGCUUCAUCUCACUGAGACGGUCCAUGAAUCGCAUGGCUUCCGACGGUGUGGUUCCUGUCUCUGCCGGAGAAGCGGAAGCCGCAGCGCCGACUCAAAGCCUUUUCUGUUUCUGUCCUUAGCAGCGUUUUUUUUUUUUUUUUUU